AAAUCCUAAUUUUCUUUAGCUUUGACUAGUUGCCUUUUUUACAUACUACAAAUCUCUCUCUCUCUCUCUCUCUCUCUCUCUCUCUUAUAUAAGUUCUUUCUUUUCGUGUCUUUUUAUUUUUAAUUUUUAUUUAUUUUCUUCUUUUCUCUGUUUCCUUCGCCGGAGCUACCAUUCGUCACCGGAAUUUCCCUCACAAAUCCCUUUUCUCACCAAACCACAACUACCCUUUCAACAAACCCGGUUCAACCGGUUUAAAAGUCCAUUUUUUUCACCGGUCCAAGUCAAUUCUGUGAGUUGAAAACACCAACAACAACUGGGUUUGACUUGGAAUCAUCAAUGGAGUUUCUGGGGUUUUGAAUUUUGCAAAGAGGACUGAAUCAGCGAGUUUUUAUUUUUUUGUUGUAGAGAGAGAAUAACAAGUGGGUUUUGGUUUUUAGAGAGAAAGGUUUUGGUUUUGAUGUGAAGGUGAAUGGUUGUGGAGAGAAGAAGAAGAGGUUGGAGUUGUUUAUGAUGACCGGAGCUCCGGUUAGGGAUCGGAGAGGGUGGCGGUGUUUCGGUGAAUCUUUUACAUUGAAUGGCAGAUCUUGUUAACUACGGGAAUGCUGAUCGUAACAUUGAGCAAGCGUUGAUUGCUUUGAAAAAGGGUGCUCAACUUCUUAAAUAUGGUCGAAAGGGAAAGCCAAAAUUUUGUCCAUUUAGGCUCUCACAUGAUGGAUCAUCUUUAAUCUGGAUUUCAAGUGGUGGUGAAAAAAGUCUGAAGCUAUCUUCUGUCUCAAGAAUCAUUCCUGGACAAAGAACUGCUGUUUUCCAACGGUACCUUCGUCCUGAGAAGGACUAUGUGUCUUUUUCACUUAUUUAUAAUAACGGAAAGCGGUCCCUUGAUUUGAUUUGCAAAGAUAAAGUUGAGGCAGAUGUGUGGAUUUCUGGUCUCAAAAAACUGAUAUCCUCAGGUCAAGGUGGUCGGUCCAAAAUUGACGGAUGGAGUGAUGGUGGCCUCAAUCUUGACGAUAGCAAAGACUUAACAUCCAAUAGUCCAAGUGAAAGUUCAGCUAGUGCGUCACUAGACAUUAGUUCUCCCGACAUUUCUGUGAGUCUUCCAAACACUUCACCAAAGUCCUUUCGGCCUGACAAUACCUUAAAUUCUGAAAGGUCACAUGCACCAUCAGAGUCAACAAAUAUGCAAAUAAAAGGAUCCGGCACAGAUAAUUUCCGUGUUAGUGUUUCAAGUGCCCCCAGCUCGUCUAGUCAUGGAUCUGCACAAGAUGAUUACGAUGCUCUGGCGGAUGUAUACAUAUGGGGGGAAAUUAUCUGUGAAAACAUCAAAGUUGGUGCUGACAAAAGUGUCCAUUAUUUCAGCCCAAGGGCCGAUGUGCUUCUCCCGAGACCAUUGGAAUCCAAUGUAGUUUUAGAUGUACAGCAUAUAGCAUGUGGUGUUAAACAUGCUUCGUUAGUCACUAGGCAAGGUGAAGUUUAUACGUGGGGUGAAGAAUCGGGAGGACGCCUUGGCCAUGGUGUUGGGAAGAAUGUGGUUCAACCUCGUCUUGUUGAAGCAUUGAAUUCUACAACUGUUGAUUUUGUUGCAUGUGGGGAGUUCCAUUCCUGCGCUGUUACAAUGACCGGGGAACUAUAUACGUGGGGUGACGGUACUCAUAAUGCUGGAUUGCUAGGUCAUGGGUCUAAUUUUAGUCAUUGGAUACCGAAGAGAAUUGGGGGUCCAUUAGAGGGACUUCAAGUUUCAUCUGUCGCUUGUGGCCCAUGGCACACAGCCUUGAUUACUUCAACCGGGAAGCUCUUUACAUUUGGCGAUGGAACUUUUGGUGUCUUGGGACAUGGAGAUAGGGAAAAUCUUCCGUAUCCUAGAGAAGUGGAAUCAUUAUCGGGGUUAAGGACGAUAGCUGUUGCAUGUGGAGUGUGGCACACUGCAGCUGUUGUAGAGGUUAUUGCAACACAAUCUAUUGCUAGUUUAUCGUCAGGUAAAUUGUUUACCUGGGGCGACGGAGAUAAAAAUCGCCUCGGGCACGGGGACAAAGAGGCACGGCUUAAACCAACUUGUGUGCCUGCUAUUAUUGAUUACAAUUUUCAAAAAAUUGCUUGUGGGCAUAGUUUGACAGUAGGGCUGACAACAUCCGGACAAGUUUUUACCAUGGGAAGUACCGUUUACGGUCAGCUUGGGAAUCCUCAAUCCGAUGGAAAGCUUCCAUGCUUGGUAGGAGAUAAGAUUGCGUUGGAAUCCAUUGAAGAAAUUGCUUGUGGUGCAUAUCAUGUGGCUGUUUUAACAUCCAAAAAUGAAGUUUAUACUUGGGGUAAAGGUUCAAAUGGGAGAUUAGGUCAUGGAGAUGUUGAAGAUAGAAAAACGCCGACUUUGGUUGAAGCAUUAAAAGACAGACAUGUGAAAUAUAUUGCAUGUGGUUCAAAUUACUCUGCCGCCAUAUGCCUUCAUAAGUGGGUAUCCAGUGCUGAGCAGUCUCAGUGCUCGGCUUGUAGACAAGCAUUUGGCUUCACUCGAAAGCGGCACAAUUGUUAUCAUUGUGGACUUGUGCACUGCCAUUCUUGCAGUUCAAGGAAAGUAUUAAGAGCAGCACUGGCUCCUAACCCUGACAAGCCAUACCGUGUGUGUGAUUCUUGUUAUGUGAAAUUGAGCAAGGUUGCAGAAGCUAGCAAUUAUAAUCGGAGGAACUCUUUGCCGCGUCUUUCGGGUGAAAACAAGGAUAGGUUAGACAAGGGUGAUCUAAGAUCGUCCAAGGCUGUUGUUCCUUCAAAUAUGGAUUUGAUAAAGCAACUAGAUAAUAAAGCAGCAAAACAAGGAAAAAAAGCUGAUACAUUCUCGCUAGCUCGCAACUCACAAAUGCCUCUGUUACAGCUGAAAGAUGUUGUCUUCUCCACUGCUGUUGAUCUGAGACGAACAGCUCCAAGACCGGUGAUUGCACCGUCAGGAGUAAGUUCAAGGUCCGGGUCCCCUUUCUCCAGAAGAUCAAGCCCUCCUCGUUCAGCUACGCCUAUUCCAACAAUGUCGGGACUCUCUUUCUCCAAAAAUGUUGCUGAUAGUUUGAAGAAAACAAAUGAGCUUUUAAAUCAAGAAGUUCAGAAGUUACGUUCUCAGGUUGAGAGCCUGAAACAAAAAUGUGAACGGCAAGAAUUAGAGGUUCAGAGGUCAGUAAAAAAGACUCAAGAAGCUAUGGCACUAGCUACCGAGGAGUCUACUAAAUGCAAAGCUGCAAAAGAAGUUAUAAAAUCGCUUACUUCACAGCUCAAAGAUUUAGCUGAGAAGCUUCCUCCUGAAGUCUAUGAUGUUGAGAAAAUUAGAACAGCUUACCUACAAAAUGGUCUCGAGUCGAAUGGUAUUCACUAUCCAGAUUCAAAUGGGGACCAGCACUCCACAGUGGAAUCAAUCAGCGCUUCAAGUUUGGCCUCCAUAGGACUUGAAUCCUCUAUGUUCAAAAGAACAGUCAGUAGUUUGCCAGGAUCCUAUGGAUCUAAUCUCCCCCAGCAACUCCGGGGCGUUGUGACCGCCAACGGGACCAGUAAUUAUCCAAAUGUUAAAUUGCCAAAUGGCGGUGGCGUGCUUCACUCGAGCAGUAAUAAUUUGUCAGAUAUUGUUGACGGUAGGGAUUCUGGGAAUUUCCGUGAUGACGAGAGUAGUUUGAAAUGGCCAAAUGCUGCACCGGCUAGUAAUAGUAAUAAUCAAGUUGAUGCAGAAUGGAUUGAACAGUAUGAACCUGGUGUCUAUAUAACACUUGUGGCCAUGCAUGAUGGAACAAGAGAUCUGAAACGAGUGCGCUUCAGCCGGAGGAGAUUUGGAGAAAACCAAGCCGAGAAUUGGUGGUCAGAGAACCGGGAGAAGGUAUACGAAAAAUACAAUGUUCAUGGCAUGGACAAAUCUUCUAGCCAAGCAGCACAUAAGACAGAGGCCGUCGGUUCUCCUGCUUCCCAAACUUAGGUAAAGUAGAAGGAGGAAAAUUCUCCAUUAACCCCUUUUGUCACAACGAGGAAGUUGUAGGAAAGCACAAACGAAUAUGAAGAAACCUCGACUCCCUCUUUUUGCAUGGUUAUGUGACAAGGUUGUCAAACUCAGGAGUCUGCGUAAACUCGUGGAGCUUCUGUAGACUCGACUCAGACUUGGACAAUUAAUUAUACAAGUUGACUAAAAAAUUUAACAAUCAUGGUUAUGUCUAUCCUUAUUCUCUUCUCAUUCCCUUUUCCUCAAAUUAAUUGUCUUUUAUUUAUUUUUGGCAGAUGCCCUUUAUAUAUCUCCGAAUUGUUUCAAUUUUAUCGGAUGUCCCCGAAGGGACCCUUUAUAUAUCUAUUGUAGUGUAGUGUAAAUAAAAUAAUCAGUUCACGUAAGUUUGGCUCAGGAAUCACCCAUACCAAUUUCCUUUCCUUU